GUCAGGUUGAUGCCUUGCUAACCCUGGCUUCGCCGUAUCGUUGCCUAAGCUAAUCCCAAAGCGUACAACAGCUGACCACGCGACAUUCAUCGCUGAGAUCUAUUAAAGAAGGCCAAACACGCGUCUUGUCGUGUCUCAUUACUACCAUACGCGUUCUGUUCCCUUCCAAAACUUCAAAAUUCCGACUCAAGUGCAAUUGACUUAAGAACGAUCCACAAUGACCGAUAUCAACGCCCCAGUAGAGACAUUUGCGUCUGGACGCUACUCGAAGCGCAAGAGAACCCAGGUCACAUACCAUCUCGAUGAUCUAGACUAUUCAGAAUCCGAAUCCGACUUUGAUACACCACAGGCAAAGCGAACAACCAAGGCAAGCUCCAGACCACUUCCCAAACGCAAAAUCUUCCCCUUCAUGGAGCUUCCUGCAGAGAUCAGGAACAUAAUCUAUGAGUACACUCUUACCGAUCCUGCUGGUAUCAACCUUGUCGGCACGUUCAAGCACAAGCGCCGUACUGUCGAACGCAUCUCAGCCAAGUGCCAGGCGAGCAUAUCACACGACGGACCUUGGUCAGGCGCACUUCCUAUAAACGACAAUAUUAGAAGUCAACACGAACAACCGGCCGCUCUUGUCCCGUCGCUCCUUGCUGUGAGCAAGCAAAUCCACCAAGAGUGUAUCGAUAUUCUGUACGGCAAGAACGAAUUCGUCUUCACCAACAGCUUCGCCUUGUACAGCUUCUUGAUCAACCUUGGUCCUAGAGGCGCCAAACAUCUUAAGACUCUCCGCAUUCGAGGUUGGCUUUAUGGUCGUGCAAUGAAAGGAUACAAUCACUCCUGUUUCGCGGCCCUGGUCUGGGCUACCAAUAUCACCGCCUUCCAUAUUGAUGCGAGCAUCGGUUGGUAUCGAGCGUCCAAGUAUGGAGCUGAGCAACUCUACCGGGACGCAUUCCCAUGGAUGGAAGCUAUUGGUUUAGCACAAGGCAAAGUCGAUGCUGUAGUCGAUAUCAUAAAGUUCAGCGAGGAUCAUUUCGACGUCCUUCAAAGUUCUUAUCGUCAUUCGUCUAGCGCAAUGUCCAACGAACAGAAGCAUCAAGAAUUUAGGGCAGCAUUGAGGAAGUCUCUUGGUGCGCAACAGAAGCGGAUUAUGGCGCCUACGGUCAAGAAGAUCAAAGCCGCCAAAAAAGCGGUGGCAGACGAGCAAUCAGGAAUGAUAUCGGACAAUUGGUGGGACAAUUGGUGGGACAAUUGGUGGGGUAAGGGGACAGGUAGGGGCAGACGGAGACGGUGCAGAGCUUAAUAGGUUCUAUCAUGAGCUUGUAGUUAGACAUGUAUCUGGCACAUGCUUGAAGUUCU